AUGUUUAGCUACUACCAGAAUGUGCUGGAACCUGUUAUGAAUGGGCCUGUUGCGGGUCUCGUGGAGUUCCUCAGAGUUAGAGGAGUGUUGAAGCGAGUGGUUGCAUGUCCAACGUGUUCUGUUGACAUGGUAUGCAAGCCAUACAUCCGCAACAAAGAUGGGAUGGCAUUUAGGUGCUACAACCAUGAUUGCAGUGGAUACUCAAAGUAUCACUCAAUCCGUGCCGAGUCGUUCCUCAAUGAGUUCAGUGCACCUCUGAGCAGUAUCAUUAAGGUGUGCUGUAAAUGGUUUAAUAACCACACUCAAGUGCAGAUCAUGACCGAGGUGAACCUUAACAGGAAGGUCGUUAUGAAAAUAAUUGAUCGUCUGCGCGCAUUGUGCUGUUUAGAUGUGGCGGAGAAUCCUGUUAAGCUCGGCGGGGAUGGUAUUGUGGUCCAGAUAGACGAAAGUCUGUUCAGGCACAAACAGAAGUACCAUCGAGGUAGACAGCCAGGGCGUGAGAUCUGGGUAUUUGGACUGGCUGAUGUGUCCUUUACACCAGCUAAAAUCUCAUUGCACGUGGUAGAUGAUCGUAAAGCCUCCACAUUGCUGCCUAUCAUUGAGCGUGUAUGCCUUCCAGGCACCAUCAUCAACAGUGAUGAAUGGAGGGCAUACAUGGGUAUAUCUGAUAAGCUCAGAUUCACUCACGAGACUGUUAAUCACAGUGAGAGCUUUGUGAACCCAGUUACUGGCACCCACACUCAGAAUAUUGAGUCGACGUGGAAUACGUGCAAGUACAACAUCAAGAUGCACAAAGGCAUUCUUGGUGUUAAACUGGAUGAACUGUUGUGUGAGUUCAUGUGGAAGCACAAUACUGGGAAAAGAAUGGGCUUGAUAGCAUUAUUUGAGCUUCUUAGGAUCCAAUAA